UGACGGGUGGAGAAGGUGAGGUCAGCAGCGGAACAGGCGGAAUCGGAGGAACCGGUGGUUCUGGUGGUGACGGUCCAAAACCGACGACGACCACGAAGCCUCCAUAUGUGUCAAACAUCAAACUGGCCUGCACCUUCGGCAGGACUGGAGUGCUGCAGUCUCAGAUGCCCCCCGACGACAUGUGUGACUUCAUCUUCUACACGCACAUGUUCUACAACACCAGGACGAACAGGAUAGAGCCACAGCACGGAUCGACCUCUGCCGAACAAUUUAUGAAAGUCGCCAAUAGUUACAAAAUUACGACAUUCGGCAUCUCGUUGGCUGUUAGCCUCAUGCCACAAUUUCCACCGGACCAAAAAGAUGACAUCAAGAAGGCUAUGGAAAAUCUUAUGAAUAAAAAAAUUAUGCACUUCGGCGCACUGGACGUGGAUGUCCGCGACUACGAUGCCGCUAAGUCGGGUGGCCUGCAGUACCUCAAGGCGAGUACUUGA